AUGAAGCCCGUUGUAUCGGUUCUCAAUGCCUGGUCCUGCGUGGUCAUCUCCGCCUUCGCAAUUGUCAUUCUGUCCAUCCUCGGAUCGUUAUACAAGAGCGAACACCAUGGAUUCGUCGGAUCGGAAAACGACCCCGAAGAUGGCGGUGCAGUUGCUGCUUCGAUUUUCACCGCUGUGGUCAUAUACGCUUGUUUCUUCGUUUUCUGUGCCUUCCAGGCUUACCUGCACACGAGAAGCCGCCGGGGAGGUGCUAUAUCGCUAAGCUAG